GUUGGAUUUACGGUAAGGGGUUGGGGUGGGAGUGGGCAUUGGGAUUGAGAAUGGGCUAAUAUUUAAAGGAUUAUGUUCGAUCAAUUUCUCCACUCCAGCCUGUGUCCUGCUGAGAGCUCCCUGCAUGAGAUAAAAUGUGUGGAAAGAUCUCUUGCUGUUUCCUGGUUUCCCUCCUGCUGACGGUGUCCUUGGCGGCCCGACAUGGUCAUGAAGAUCAUUCAGCAGAUCACCAUCAACAUCUUCACCGUGGCAAAGAUGAACCUCACCCCAGCCAUCUCAGCUGCAGUAACAAGCCAUGAUUUCUGCCCUCUAAGGCAAAUGGAAAGAGCCUUUUAAUGUGGAAGAUACCAAAAAAGCUGACUUCCAUGUGGAUGAGAACACCAAUGUGACUGUGGACAUGAUGGAGAACUAGGAGAUGUACAAAUUCCAUUAUGACCGGAAUAAUUUCACUUCGAUCAUCAUGGUGCCCUACAAAGGCAACACUUCCAUGUUGAUUGUUCUACCUGAUGAGGGAAAAAUGCAGGAGCUGGAGAAGAACAUCAACAAGGAUCGGCUCAAGUACUGGUGUGACAGAUUAUCUUACAGUUAUGUGGAUCUCUUCAUGCCCAAGUUCUCCAUCUCUUCCUCCUUUUCACUUGCGGACACUCUGAGGGAAAUGGGAAUAGUCUCUGCAUUCUCAGACACCGCAGACUUCUCCGGGAUCAGUGAGGAGACCCAACUGAAGACUUCUAAGGUCCUCCAUAAGGCCGUCCUCAAAGUUGAUGAGAAGGGCACAGACGCAGCUGCUGCCACCACCGUAGAGAUUGUACUUACGUCUAUGCCACUCACCUUGAAGCUCAACAGACCCUUCCUGGUCUUCAUUGUGGAUCACAGCACCAAGAGCAUCCUCUUCAUGGGCAAGAUAACCGAUCCCACCGCAUAGAGGCAGCCAGCUCCCACCCACACCAGCAGACCUAGAUGUUUGUUGAAGCACCCUUAUUUCAACAAACAGCAGAUCGAGCAAAAGCCACACUGUUAAAAACAUUUAAUGUGAAUCUGCAUAUGAAGAUAACAGCGACCAAAGUGUUGGGUUAAAUAAAAUACAGCAUUUUCAAUUCA